AUGGCUACAGCCAAAACCGAGGCCAGUGCAGGAGCGGCCAACAAUGGCAAAAGCAAAGGGGGCAGCGGCUGUGGCUAUGAGCAAGCAGCGGCAACAGCUCAGUUAGCAGCGGCAGCGCUAGCAGCAAGCAGUAAUAGAGCAGCGCUAGCAAGCAGCAGUCCAGCAAGCAGAGUAGCAGCAGCAAAGCCGCAACAACAAGCAAAAGCAGCGGCAGUAGGCGAGCAACACGCAGCGACGGCAGCAGGCGGCCGCGGUGCUGGGGCAGCAGCGACGGGCGAUGCGCCAGCUGGCAGAAGCGGGAGCGGGCGUGGUGCAAGACUAGGGCGCGCACAAGGCGGCCACGGCGGCGGGCGCGGGGCUGGGGCGGACGCGGCCAGCGAGCGGGGGCUGGCGGAAGUGGCCAGCGCGGGUGGCUGCGCGGCAUCAGCAGCAGGCAGUAGCAACACGCAGAGCAGCGCAGCAGCUGUAGCGCAGCAUCGGCGACGAGGCAUCGACACGAGGUUCAGGCUCAAGGGACUCGAGGCCACGUCCUCGCACACGACGAGCUGA